UAACUGAAGGUAUGGUAAGAAGUUGUAUAAAGAUAACGAUCAUGUAUAAUAAUUAGAAGUUAAUAUAUAUUUAACAAGUACUUUAAACGCUUUAAUGCCAAGUUUCCAAAGAGCAGAAAUAAAAAGAAACAACGAGCCAUUGAUAUUAGGGAGAAAUAAACAAAUAUUUCCAGAAUGUUAAUAAGCUAGUAAAUAAUGUAUGGUUUUGAUUGGUCGUUCUGUGGCCAAUCGGGAAGCUCGUUACAGCCGCAGCGGAGAGUCUGUUUGUAAGGAGGAAUGGCGACGGUCACUGGAGCUCUGAAGUGAAUCCUCCGCCGGAUCUGACCACUGAGCGCCGGGAAAGCGCUGCUGUAGAGGUCGGCCUGUCUCUCAUCAUCAUUUAUACACUCUAUCCAUUCACUAUCGCACAGCUAAUGUUUAACUCAAAUAAGUCUCGAUGAAUCGAUGUCAUUAGAAUGCUUUUUUCAGUGUACGUCUGCUAACAAUGGAUGCUUCUUUGGUAAACUCUGCAAUAUCGCUGGCAUCACAAACUGUGGUUUCUCCUGUUACUCAAACCUCCAGCAACUCGAGCAGGAGACCUCGAGACAAACGGAAGACUCCUGCGUUUCUGUCAAACUUGGGCAAGGCUACAUUAAGAGGCAUCCGCAAGUGCCCUCAGUGUGGCGUUUACAAUGGCACCCGUGGCCUCAGCUGUAAGAACAAGGCCUGUGGAACCAUCUUCAGGAAUGGGGAGCAUGGGACUGGACGUUUGAAAAAAGGGGCAUGUGAAGUGGUUCAAGUUGUAACAGACAGUGGAGGUGGCAGGGCCGGAGGGCCGCAAGUGUUCUCUGUGCGUCAAAGGGGACGUGGCCCUGAACAACGAGGCUUUGUUGAGUUAGUCCUCACGGAUACAGCUAUUACUACCGCAGACGGAACCCUGCUGACCCGUGUCAACCUCGGUCGCUGUUACAUGCCCUCUUGUCAGCAGAAUGAAAGUGAAUCAACAGUUGAAGGUGGCCAUCAACAAGCAACACAACCACCCAAAAGUCCCUGUACCCAUGUGAAGCAAGCCAUGGAGUGUCAGACCCAAGCAACACCUCUGCCGCUCAAAAGCUCUGUCCUGGAGGCCCUGGUGGUCACUUCCCAGGCCAAAGAAGAGUUGUGGAGGCUGGCUACAGAGACACCGGGACCUCUAGUGCAGAGGGUUUCUAAAGGGACCCUAAUAGUGAAGUGCCAACCAGGUGAAGCCCACCCUCUGGGAUUGCUGCAUUUGACGGUGGGCUUAACUGGUGUUAAAGACAAGACUGUGGGUGCGGCUACCUUUCAAUGUGCAUGUUAUGUACCUAAUACCAAGGGGGAUUUGGGGGUGAGAAGUGGGGGUCAGUCUAAUAUCAACAAUGGAGAAAAUUCCCACCAGCAUAAUUUACCUGAGCACUGCCUCCAUUUCUAUGCUUGCGUUUGUGCCUUCACAAGUGAUGAGAAGCUGGCCUCUGAGUUUUCAGCUUUCCUCAACUACAACAUGAAUGGACUGCAGGAGAGGGCAGAUGCCACAACGCUCAGUAUACCUGAGGCUCAGCAACACAUUGAGCCCUCCAUCUCUCAUCGUCCCAAGAGACUCAAAUUUGUGGAGUCCUCUACUGCUUCCUCUGUCUCCCCCUCAUCUCUUCUGGCUGUCAAAGACACUUCUGCUCCCACCCUAAACCAGCGCAAGCCCACUCACAGAAAACACUUCAGUUCUACUGGGCUUAAAAACCCAGGAAGCAGCCAGCCGGUGGAUGAGACGCAUGUGUCUUUGGGUUUCCAGCAGUGGUUGGCCAGUGUUACUGAGAGGAUCCAUCAGACGAUGCACUUCCAGUUUGAUGGAAAGCCAGAGCCGCUGGUCUUCCACAUCCCGCAAGCUUUCUUCAAUGCCUUACAGCAGCGUUUAUCACUGGGCUCAAAGAAGAGAAGACUUCCCAACUACACCACCACUUUUGUGCGUAAUGACGCUUUGCCUCUGGGCUCUUUCUCUAAAUACACCUGGCACAUUACCAACCUGAUGCAUGUAAAACGCAUCUUUGAUACCCCAGAGUUACCACUAGAACUCACUCAGAGUUUUGUGAAGAACAGUGACGGCUCCUACUCACCGUACCGCUGUCGGGAAACCCCUACUGAUCCUGGAUCAGACACCUGCCUCCAUUCACACACCAGUAAGCCUCUGGCCAUCAGACCACUGGAGCUACGUACCUUCCUCAGAGUGGGGACAUGUGCUUCUGAGCAGACGGAGCCUGUGCCCUUUGUGAUUGAAUGGAUCCCAGACAUCCUUCCGCACUCACAGGUGGGAGAACUGAGGAUCCGGUUUGAGUACGGCCAUCAGCUGGGCAGUAAACCGGAGCACUGCAAGAGCUCGGCUGGGCCAGAGAAAACUGAACAGAUGCCAUCCCACACCAGUGAAGACCCCCUGUAGAAACAUCAGGAAAUUCUCAUGCAAAUCAACAACUACAUUUCUCCACUGUUCCCUUGUAAGAAAAAAUGGAAAACAAUAACACAUUUUAUUGCACUUAUAUUAAACGGCAAUUAGAAACUUGUAAGGUGCUACUCAAGAAAAGUUCAUUGUCAGAAACAGGUUUAAAGUUUGCAAUACAGCACUGGACAUACAGAUGUAAAAUAUUUAUAAUAUACGUGUACAAAAACCAAAAAAUAAAGAAAUAGUGUGAACAUAUGUUUUGUGCUGUACAAUAAGAUCAGAUUUCCCCAUUUCUUGUUUUAGGAAACCAUGUUCAUUGAUUUUGUUUUUGUGUUUACAUGUAAAAACAGGGAACCCUGUCCCUAACCCAAUUCCUCACAGAAAAAUGUGCAAAACACUAGAUUUAAAUAAAAAUGGUUUUGUCUGAUUUCUAAGUCUUUCUAACUAGUGAGGACCAGUAAAAUGUCCUGGGUUUUCUUAUUUCACUAUGUAAGUGAGGACAUUUGGCCUUCACAAGCACAAAUAAACAAACAAACACACACACACACAAAUAGACUCUAGUUUUGUUAAACUGAAUUAGUAUGCUGUUCACCUCAUUAUUUGCACAGUUGAGUUUUUUAUUUCCUUUUUCUAUCCAAAGCAAUAGCAGAAACAUUGAAAACUCCAACCUUCAUGUUUGAUGCAAAAUCUCACGCGCUUGCCACCAACUCACCAUGCAGCAGUUGUGACAUGUACCAAAUGCUUUCACAUGAGUCUCAGGUUAAUUAACUUUUCACGCUUCGCUACCCCCAACUAUACUCUACUGAUGGCCAAUCCUAUAUUUACCCAUCAAAUGGAGUAAAUGUUUGUUUGCACUGAGCAAAAAGAUAGAACAAGUAAAGUCUAUAAACUAUGUUCCUUGCUUAAUUGCAAUGGACUUUACAACAGAUUUUUUUAAGGAUAAGAUACAAUGGAAUUGUAACCCCAACUGCUCCCUGAUUUAAAGGUUCACACGAUGAUGAAAAUUAGUGGAUGAGAAACCUAUCAACUUUAUUUCACAUUACCAAACAAAAUCCCUCAAGUCUCUCCAAUGCACACUUUUGUAGCUGUCUUCAGCUACAAAAUCAACAGAAACAAAAAGAAAUGGUGACCACACACAUCCACAGAAUA